AUGCAGCUGCCGUCCACCAAACCUACGCUCCAUUACCACGAUAUCGGUAGCCUGGGCCGUGGGGAGGUUAUCCGACGCCGGAGUCGAGUUCAAGGAUGUCCGAUAUCCCAUCUGGCAAUUCUGAGGUACCUAGCCAGAGAGCUGGGCGAAUACGACGGAAAUACGAGCCUCGAGAAGUAUUUCCUGGAUGCGGUUGCCGAUGUGUAUAAUGACUGGCGGAUCCAAUGGGUAAACAACCUUGGCAACGUCACAGACAAGUUUAGGAACGAAGUUGUUCCGAACUAUUAUAAUGUACUAGCCAGAUUCUAUGCUCAGCAGGAGGGCCCUUAUCUUCUGGGUGAGAGGAUCACUUAUACAGAUUUUCUCGUCUACCAGUCUAUCGAUAACGACUCGCAGACUGGAACCUUACCUGUAAGUUCCGCUUCCGACUUGCUUUAUCUGCACGCGUCACUUACUUGUGGGGAAUCUUUUUAA